AGUGGAGGAGGAUGCUGGUCAGACCUGGCAGGCCCAAACGUAUUGUGAGGGUCUGCUGGGAACGACUGGCCCCUGUCAGAACAAGGGAGUCGCCUGAGGGAGCACUCUCCUCUAGAGACUCCAAAAAAGUAAGGAGUGCGGGUGGUCCCCCGUGAGGAUGUGGUCCAACUUCUUGGUCCCGCAGGACGAGGAGGGCCGCCUCGGGGUGGCGGGUGGCGGCCAAGGCGGGGCUUUGGCCGGCAUCAAAGCAGGACGGGGUCAGAGGCGGAGCCAAAAGAUGAGUGACAGCCAGGACGGGAAGAUCAAACUGGCCUUCCUGGUGUGUCUGGUGGGCGUGACGCUGACGGUGCUGGGCGUGGGGACCGAGUUCUGGGUGGAGUUGUCUCAGCCCAAGGACUUUGGCGGCAACCGGACGUGUCACGUGGCGCACUACGGCCUGUGGAAGGCGUGCGUGCGCACCCUGUGGGUGGCAGACGUGGACCCGGACAGGGCGAGCUGCGGCCCCGCUGAGCUCCCGGGAGAAUCCAACUGCACCUAUUUCAAAUUCUUCACCUCGGGGGAGAACGCCGUCAUAUUCAAGAAGACAACAAACAAAAACUUAAAUCUAGCAGCGACCAUCUUGGCACUCCUCAGUUUGACCAUGAUGGUGAUGGGCUCCAUCUGCAUCAUCAUGACCCUCAGCAAAGGCGUGUCCUUCUUCCUCAAGCCAGCAUCCUUCUGCUUCAUCCUUUCAGGCAUACUGGUGCUGGUGUCCAUUGUGAUGUUCCACCAGUCCGUCCUGGCUUUGCUGGCCAGUGAGCACAGCGUCCCUCUGCAUCACCAGCUGUCCUGGUCUGUGGCCUGCGUGGGUUCAGCGGGGGCCAUCCUUAUCUUUGGGGGGCUGCUUUUUGUCCUGCUUUCUUUUCCUCUCAGUCUGUGGCACAAGUGCUUACCACACAAGAACAGCGCCUCCUAGGACAUACGCCCAUUGCAGUCAUACUAUCUUCACAUCUUAUCCUAUGCAGUAGCAUUUUUUACAUGAUGUUUAUUUCUAGGAUUGUGUUUCCAUACACUUUAUAAGCUCACUAGCACACAAAAUCUUUGAUUGUUUGUGAUUUAUGAUCUAUUUACAAAUACACCGUCCGUCUGUGCUGCUGCUUGUUUUGUUGUCCACACUGUGCUCAAGGCAGAAGAAAUGACUGUUAAAUACAGGCCUCUUCUCAAAUUGAUGCCAUCUCAAUAAAAAAAAAUGUACAAAAAAGGCCUCCUCUCAAAAUGGAUGCCAUGCCCCCCAAAAAACAACAUCAAUACUAAUUACAAAUAAAGGGUUCCUCUCAAAUAGAUGCCUUUUUGCAAUAAAAAAAAGAUAUAUUUAAGUGAAACCCUCCUCUCUAAUAGAUGGCACAUCUCCAUAAAAAACCUAGUAUGUACAAAUAAAAGCCUCCUUUCUAGUAGAUGCCAUGUCUCAAUAAAAAAUACAUUAAUACUCUAUGUACAAAUAAAGGCCUCCUCCC